AUGAGAGCUCGAACGGUCUCGGCCUCUGGCCUCAUUCUCUCAUCGCGAACGACGACCUCGACCUCGAUAUGCUGGCAAUGCCUUCGUGAAGAUCUCCUCUCAAAUCAAGUUCAAAUCCACGUUCGAAAAUACCAUCCCACCCGCCGGAAAGAUGUCUCUCCCUUCGGUGCCGCCGUUUCUGCAGCGCAGACCAUCUUCAAAGGCCUGCCAAAGGCUCCUCCGGGGAUCUCGGUAGAUCCAUUGAGGAUCGUGGGGAAAGAGCUCAAGUUUUUGACGAAGAAUAUACGCCAAUUGCUGGGUUCGGGCCACCCGACUCUUGAUAAAGUGGCCAAAUAUUACACCCGCAGCGAGGGCAAACAUAUGCGUCCGCUUUUGGUCCUGCUCAUGUCACAGGCGACGGCGUUGACUCCGCGGCAGAGUCGUUCAAACUUCACCCCUUCACAGAUGGUCAAUGAUCCCAUUAGCUCGCCUUCCGUCCUCGCCGAUACGAACCCGGAUCUCAGCCCGCUUGUCUCGAAAUCGGCCGAAGCGCAAUAUGAUUUUGCGGGGGAUGAGAAUAUCCUGCCUACGCAGCGCCGACUCGCUGAGAUCACGGAAUUGAUCCAUACCGCCUCGCUCCUCCACGACGACGUGAUCGACAACGCUGUUACUCGGAGGUCGUCUAACUCCGCAAACCUCCAGUUUGGAAAUAAGAUGGCCGUCCUGGCCGGAGAUUUCCUGCUCGGCCGAGCUUCCGUCGCCCUGGCGCGCCUGAGAGACCCCGAGGUCACAGAACUGCUUGCAACUGUCAUUGCCAACCUGGUGGAGGGAGAGUUCAUGCAAUUGAAGAAUACCGCCGCGGAUGAGAAGAACCCCGUGUUCACCGACGAGACCAUCUCGUACUACUUGCAAAAGACGUACCUCAAGACCGCCAGUCUGAUCAGCAAGUCGUGCCGUGCAGCGGCAUUGCUAGGUGGCAGUACGCCUGAGGUUGUCGAUGCUGCUUAUGCCUAUGGACGCAACCUGGGCCUGGCAUUCCAGCUGGUGGAUGAUCUGCUGGAUUACACCGUGAGUGGGGUUGAGUUAGGCAAGCCUGCCGGAGCCGAUCUGGAGCUGGGUCUUGCGACUGCUCCGCUGCUCUUUGCCUGGAAGCAGAACCCUGAGCUGGGCCCCUUGGUCGGUCGGAAGUUCAGCCGAGAGGGGGAUGUACAAAUGGCUCGUGAACUGGUGUACAAGAGCGAUGGCGUUGAACAGACCCGCGCUCUGGCCCAGGAGUACGCCGACAAGGCCAUUACCGCCGUCAGCAACUUCCCUGACAGUGAAGCCAAGGCUGGUCUCAUCCAAAUGUGCGAGAAAGCCAUGAACCGGAGAAAGUAG